CUCCAGAAUCCCAGAUUUGAAUUUUCUCUUUCUCAUUCCGUUCCUCUGCCGCCAAACCUUUUGGGUUUUGAAUCCCAUUACUUAAUUCUCCGCCGACCGCCAUCAUGGAUUUGGCAACACCGUCAGGGGAGGACGACGGCUGGGAGCUCUGCAACGACGAUGGCUUCGUCUACAAGCGCAAGAAGCGACGGCUCGACCCUGACGACGCGGCGGCGGCGGCUCAAGUUUCAUUCACUCCGGAUGGGGAUCACUUGGCAACGUUGCAGCAACGGAGAGAGCGCAAGAGGCGGACAUUGUUGAAGCUUAAAGAUAAGUACCAGAGAGAGAUCGAACAGUGGGAUCUUUUGUCGAGCACCUUGCGUGCAAUGGAGGAGCGAGCCAGUCGAGUACGGCAAGAACAAGAAGAGGCGCGGGAGCAAAAUGCGCCUCUUGCUUCCCCUUCACCAACGACGGAGGGGAAGGUUUCUGUUGGUGGAUCGCUGGUCGAUGAGCUUCUUUUGCAGGUUGAAGCCCAGGAAGCAAUUAUUCACGAUGUUUCAAAUUUAUGUGACGUAGCAGAAGCAAUGUGCCAUAAACAAGAGCAACAGCUGAAUCAAUCAUUGUUUGAUCUUCCGAUCUGGGCCUCACCAAACGAGCUUAUGCGAUUUCUAUGUGAUGAUUAGAUGGGAUUUCGUCUGUGCAUUAUUCUUUUGGUAAUGAAUGGAAAAUCGAGAUGAUGGUCUUCCUCUGUGAGGAUUGCCCUUGCUUUCGUUAAUUUGAAUGCUCCGAGAUGAAUAUUCUGUAAGCUCACCUUUAUGGCAAAUUGGUAAUUGGUAAAUAUUGUAAUUUGGAUUUAUUUAAGAGCACUAAUGGCUGAAGCACUGACUAUCUGAUGAAUUAAAAUGGGAGGACAACCACUUUGAGGGUAGGAAGACAACCUCUCCAGCGUUUUCAAUGAAGCACGAGUAUGUAUGGAUUCUGUAGUAUUGUGAUUGUACAUUUAAUAGGUAGUUUAUUAAUCUUUGGAAUUAAAUUUCUUUUUGCCCAGCGG